CAGCACGCUUCACACCCUGCACAUGCGCACGGGCAUGGCAUCAAGAGUUCGGCGGAAAACGCUCAUCAUGUUUAUUUUGACGAUUGUUUUUAUCAUAACAACGAUAUUGUACCUAACAUUGCUGUCGUUAAUUGCAAGAUCUAUUCUGGACACCAUGAGCGAUAGUAGCAAAGCCGUCUAUUUCUUUUUCUUUCGCCUUUACUUCAUCAAUCACGUGAUCAACCCGAUCAUUUACGGAGUUCUCGAUCCGCACUUCAGACAAGUAAUGAGAAAUUUUAAAAAUGCACUUUCAUCUUCAGACGCUUCGAAAUAGGACAGAAAUAUGUCACAAAUGUAACAUUGAGAAAAGGACAAUAUCAGGUAAAUAUGAAAAAUCUUCAUAGAGUUGUGAUCUUCAUUACAUCUGUUAUCGUUUUUUGUUCAAUUUAUUCUUUGUUUGCACUUUACCUACUUGAAAUAUUUACUCUAAUAAAAACUAACUUUGUCUUUGUUGUGAUACCUGCUAAGUAAUAGAAAUAGGGAUUUUGAAACGAUCAUGAGCUGAUAGCGACAUGAUUAUUCAUUAUUUUUUGUGGUUUUUAUUCAGUUCAAAACGAAUACCUAUUAGUUGAAUUCGUGUAGUAUUCUAAAUUUAUUCUGAGUUAGAUCAUAACAGUAUCCACGCACUUGCUAUAAAAUAUUUUCAACGUGAUAUAUUUAUUACGCAUUUAUAGCUUUGAGUUGAGAUUUUUGGCCAUUGCUGGUUCUGGUGAACAUACUGAACACUUUCAAUGUUUACAUUCAGAGGUGCAGUGCCUCUGAAGUUCAGUUUAAGACUUGUUUUAUCCGGUUACAGUUACACAUCUCGGUGAGAGCGUAACUGAUAUGGCAGGAGAACUGGCCAAAAGUCUAGAAUUGUCCAGAAUGUAGUAUUUGGGCAUAUUAAAAAAACGAUGGAUAUUGAAUAAACAAUAAUGUUAAUGGAAAUAUGAUAUCCUCAAACAAUGCCUGUACAAACUAUAUUUAUAUUCUCACAGCUUUACACUUCUUGGACAUGAAAAAGAAACUGCUGGUCCGAAAGUGUAAAAUCAUGCACAGUUGUUUACAUCACUUUAACUUCCGUUUGACAUGUAACAUAAGUAAAUUGCAUUGACAUAAGGAAACAAUUAAUCACCUUUGGCGCUGAGAUGAAAUGGUUGGGCUCUAUCAGCCUUUAAGAUUUUUUGUUAAUUUAUAGAACGCAUCAAUGGCUAUAUAAUAUUUGUUGAAAUACUGCGUCGAAAAAUAGCUUCUAAUUUGAGCUGAACCUGAGAAACAAAUCACUGUUAUAAAGACCUAUUGUUUUACAUUGUACAUUACAUGUGUUUAUACUGUGUACAAAACUUAUGUUAUAUUUUGUGAAAGUGCUUGUUUUAAUUUUUACUCCAGAUUAUCUCAUGUGUUAACUAGACAAUAAUACAAUAAUUAUUUUGGGUAUGUUAUUAUGAUGGAAUGUCGCCAUAUGACCUAUGAUUGUGUCGGUGCGACGUAAAACCCCACAACAUGUGAUGCAAGGCAGUUAAAAAAGCCCACGCAUAGUGCAAAGACAGCUUAAUGGAUUGAGUUCUUAACCCAGAUAAUGUAAAUACUUAACUUUUUGUUCUUAUCAGGCGAUUACGUAAGCAUAUCGGAUGCUUUGAGACAGUGAUUUAUCCCGAUCAGGUAAUUAAGAAAAUAGUAAUUGCGACUGAUUAAUAAAACAGGGUGAUUUUAUUCUUCCUCACGUAUUUCAAUAUGUCUUGACUCGGACCCAGUUAGGAAGUACUCCACGUUGACAGGGAUUGUGAAAUUAGUACAAACAUUCUUAUCACGAAGAUAAAGGGCACAAAAAUCAAUCAAGGCUCGUUCACACGACGAUUUUGCUUGUUUGAAAUCGGAAUAUACUGCGCUUUUGUAGAGAACGUGUCGGUUUAAACUUACUGUAAGCAAUAAAAUUACUGUGAGCAAAUAAUUAGAGAAUAACAACGUAUUGUAGAGGACGUGACUGCAUAUUUUAUCAGUGAAAGCAUACAUCAAAAUACAGCAUAAAGAAUGUGUAUAUCCGGAUAAACUUAAAUUGAUUCAUGACACAUGUAAAAUAUUAACAUAGUAGGGUAUACUUCUGAACUAGACAUUCGGUACAUUUAAGUUGAACAAUUAGUUUGAACAGAUUUCCGCGAGAUCAGUUGCUAUAUGAAUAUGAAAAACAUCUGUAUAUCAUGUUGUAAAGGACAUCGUUUGAACGAGGUAGAGUAAUCGUUUCGCAUUUAUGUUAAGCCUCCCACUUAAGAUACAUGUUUUUAAAGUGUUUGUAUUCUCUUCCGACUUCAGUUUUCUACAAUCGCUUUCAUAAGGAAAAUAACUGUAAGCUAUUGUUAAUACUUAUGUUUUAAACAAUUGCAAUGCUUGUGUUCGCAGUUAAAACUUUGUACAUGAACUUUCGAUUUCUGAAAAAGUUACGUGCUUGCAUUCAGCUUUUUAAAAAUCAGUUUUAAAAGAUACAGCAAAUGAAAUAAACAUGGAUGACGAGAUAAUUCUAAAAUAUUCGAACUUCACAUCAUUGGAUAAUUUGAAUAAUUUAUCAUACAUCCAUUACGCGGAGGGAGACGUUGCUGCUGACGAAACUGACAAAGCACUAGCUGAGCAACUCAAUGAUGAGUUUAAGACUUCUGUUUUACCGGUUACUGUCUUUGUAGGCUUGGAAGUCGUUCUAGGAUUCUUUGGAAAUGUACUAGUUUUGUACGUGUUCGCAUUCCACUACCAUGUUUGUAACUUCAGGUAUUUUGUUCUCUGUUUGGGUAUAAUUGAUGUUACUAGCAGUUUGACCACGAUGCCAGGAGAGAUGGUGACUCAGUUAUUCUGGUACGUGUACCCACUGCGCGAGCUGUGCAAGGUAAAAUCAUUCUUCAAUGUGUUCACGGUAUCUGCGGAGGCACUGUGCCUUCUGACAAUUGCAUUAGACCGCUACAGGAAGAUCUGUCAUCCUUUGAGGUGGCAGAUUAGACCAAGGAUUGCAAUUUACUUGUGUGCUUCAAUAUAUACUGUAGCGGUUGUACUCGCGUUACCAGUGGCGUUCUUUUGGGGAACACACUCGCAUCCAAAAGUAUAUAAGAACAUCGACAUUAAUGUAACCAUUUGUGAAAAAGAUGAACAAUGGAAAAACACAAAAUACCCAUUGAUAUAUUCUCUGACUGUAGAAGUAAUUGUUUCAAUAAGCUUGGUAUUGAUGCUAGGGAUGUAUGUGCUAGUUGCAAGAAAACUUUUACAAGAGAAAAGAGAAAGAAAAAAAGCAUAUUCCACGACACCAAUGGUGGUCAUUACCCCGGCGCCUGCGUUAGACACUGGUGUCUCUUCUAAUGCAAAUACUCUAAAUACUUCAACAGAAGUCAGUGAUACUGGAUACAGUUCAGGGCUUGACAGUAAAGGCCAGCCUAGGCAGAUAAACAAGGAUAUUGAGAUCCUUUCUGAUUGUGAAACAGAUCAUCAAGAACUUAGUUCAACCCUGCAAGUUCCAACAAGAGGAAAUCCAGCGUCGACAGACAGACCAAAUCAUACUCACAAUUCACCACGAAAACAACAUGCUAGAAUGAACAUUUCUGCCAGAGUUAGGCGAAAAACACUCAUAAUGUUUAUUCUAACAAUUGCUUUUAUAGCUACCACGAUCUUGUAUUUAACUCUUCUUUCUUUCAUUGCAAGAUCUGACGAUAUUUUGCAAGACAUGAGUGAUGGCGGGAAAGCUACGUACUUCUUCUUUUUCCGUCUCUACUUUCUCAAUCACGUGAUCAACCCGAUUGUUUACGGCUUACUGGAUCCAAGAUUCAAGAAGGUGAUGGGAAACAUACGAAAUUCAAUGCGUAUAAAGUGACUUGUAGCGUAAUUAUUUUAAGCACGAUCAUAUGUAAAUAAAUCAACAUCGUUUA